ACAUCUUCCAAUCUGGAAGUACCCUUCCGUGUUCGAUUGGCAGACUGCAAUGCACCCUUGGAGAAGAUUGAAGCCCGAGUGGAGAGACACAUUGGUGCACUGGGUGCUGGGCAAGCUCAAGCACAACAAGAGCAGGAGAAUAUCAGAGAGAGACUGGAGCAAAUGCAACUGAAAGCAGAAGAGCUGGAACAUUUCCAAGGACGGGUGAAGAGGAGGGCAGCAAAGAUGGAAAAGAGAAUCAGGGCAGAGAAGCUCAGUCAGACAGUUGAGGUCGAAGGUCAAAAAGGGAGGCUAGCCCGGUUGAGGGAGUAUGGCAAGCAUGUGCAACAGAGAAACACUGCAAAACUCAAGAGGUCCACACGCCCAUCCAAGGGUGGGAAUACGAAGAUGCCCUGUCAUCUGAACACUGAACGGUUGCCUGCCGGUGACCUUCGCGAAUCCCAUUGUGAGCAGCCAUUACACCAGGGGACGCUGGCACAACCACUGCCAAAGGUAGCUGUCAUCAGGGAAGUGCCCAAAAUAUCAGAGGAGCAGUUGCAAGAACUUACAAUGCAGCGCCAAGCAACAGCUUCCAAGCAGAAGAAGACUUCCUCAGCUGCCAGAAAAUCUAACAAUAGGAGUCAUGCUUUGGCAGUAAGGGGAUGCUUCAACCAACAUUACUCACCUGCAGCAACAUUCAUGCAAUUGUGUGCAGAGCAACUUGGCCGCCUUUUUGCUGCAGACAUUCUUGGUGAAUGUACUUCACAAUUGCCAGUCGCUUACCUCAGCCACCAGGUUUCAUAG